AUGUUCUCUCGUUUAUCCCAGGUUGCUCGGCACUUGUCACGGCCAGCGAUAACGUCAUUUGUUAGCCCGUCGACAUCAGCUCCACGCCGGACGUCAACAGGACUAUUCAACAGCAUCAUGGGGUCCACGGCCACGGCAGAUGAGCGCAAUGCGCGGACUAUCCAUACGGCAGCUUGUUUGAUUAUUGGUGACGAGACCAAUUCCAACUAUAUGGCAAAAUGGUGCUUCAACUUGGGCAUUAACCUCAAGAGGAUCGAAGUCAUCGCCGACGAUGAAGAUGAGAUCAUCGAGGCAGUCCGUCGCAUGAGUGAUCGCUAUGACUUUGUAGUCACCAGCGGAGGCAUCGGCCCCACCCACGACGACAUCACCUACCAAUCGAUAGCCAAAGCCUUCGGUCUCCCUCUCAAGCUGAACGAAGAGGCCUUCGAACUCAUGAAGAAGAUCUCUGUUCCGCGUAAGGGCGAGCCACCGUUCAAGUGGGACGAGCCCUCGCCCGUUCUCACCGCAAAGCUCCGUAUGGUGGAGCUACCGACAGACGUCAACAGAGACCCGGCGAAGCAGUUCCUGUUUCCUUGCAAGGAACUUUGGGUGCCGGUGGCGGUGGUGAAUGGCAAUGUGCACAUCUUGCCGGGUGUGCCUAGGUUGUUCGAGAAACUCCUAGACGGCCUCAAGCCCUACAUCCAGCCGCGCCUAGUCGACCCCGAAGGCAAGGGUAUUGCCCGAGUUACCAUCUCCACGCCACUCCCUGAGAGCGCUAUCGCCGCUUACCUCACCGAGCUGGCAGCGAGAGUUGAGCCCAAGGGCGUCAAGGUUGGAAGCUACCCCAGAUGGGGGGAGAAGCAUAACACGGUUACCCUUGUUGGAAAAGACAAAGACUUCCUCAACUCCAUCGCCCCCGAAGUCUGCCACUACGUCAAAGGCCGGAUCGUGACUACCGAAAGCGAGGACGACGUUGACGCUGGUGCGCCCACCGAAACCGCGGACGUAACCACAACGGGGUCCGGGACCAAGUAG